AUGAGUGACGAGAAUAAAGAGAUUGUUGAUAUUGGGCAUCGUAAUCCUGACACAGAUAUAAUUACAGUAGCAUUAAUUUAUACUGAAUUUCUUCGUCGAAUGAAUAUUAACGCUAAAGCUUAUCGUCUUGGUAAUCUCAAUAACGAAACUAAAUUUGUAUUAAAAACAGUCGAUAUGGAAGAACCUGAAAUGUUAUCAGAUAAUAUGUCUGAAAGUACUCAAGUUGCAUUGGUCGAUCAUAAUGAAAAUCAACAAUCAUCAACAACUACUGAUGACGAUAGAAAAACCGUUGAAUAUUUACAUCCACUUUCGGAAAAUGACAAUCUAGAAUUUUAUGUUAAUAAAUUGUUCGAAGCCAAAAGUGAUUUAACAGAAUUUUCGACAAAGAAAAUUCGUCUUCUUGAUUACAAAACAUUUCAUUUUAAUGAUGAGCAUUGGCGAAUAGGUACUGGUGAAACGUGUAAUAUGGAUACAAUGUUGGAACGAAAAGAUGAAUUUCUUAAAGAAAUGAAUGAGGAAAAGAAGAGGAAUAAUAUAGCAAAUAUUUUAUUUUCAAUUGUUGAUAUUGUUAAACAAAAGAACUUGACAUUAAUACCUGGUGAAGAUGAAGAACAGGUAGUUCGAGCAGCAUUUAAGGUUGAUGUUAAUGAUUGUAUAGCUGAUUUGGGUACAAACAAAAGUCGAACAAGAGAAAUUAUUUCAGUCCUUGAAGCAUAUUUUAAUUCAAAUUCGUAA